GCUGCCCUCAGCCUUCCUCGUUCACUACCAGCAGAGAGCAGUCAGGGUUUCGUGUCUCUUUCCGAGGCCGGAUGGUAAAAUCCAACCUCCAGCGGAUCCUAAACAGUCAUUGCUUUGCUCGCGAGAAAGAAGGAAAACAGCAGACACUCAGCACCAUGGAGAAUUUACAAAGUGGUAUCUGUGACAUGAUUGAGAAUCUGUCCCUGCACUGUAGUAGUACCCGCGGCCCAGGGCCUCUGUGGUGCUCCGAUGCCCCUCUCCCACCCCUGAAGAUCCCAGGUGGGCGAGGGAAUGGCACGCGGGAUCACGCUCCUUCAGCUCGGCCGCUCUAUACAGACCGUAAGUUGACAGUUACAGAAGAGCCUGCGGGGAAUGGGCGUCCUGGAAUACUCCAUUUCAAAAGUCGUCCUACAGUUACCAAGACAAUACAAUGGGAUGCUGUCCUCCAGAGUAGUGCACUCUACGUGGAGAUUCCUCUUGACCCUCUUCCUGAAGGCAGCAAGGAGAGUUUCGUUUCUCUCCUGGAGUUUGCUGAAGAACAUCUGAAAGUUGCUAGUGUGUUUGUAUGCUUUUACAAGAACAGAGAUGAUCGUGCUAAACUGGUGCGUACCUUCAGUUUCCUGGGCUUUGAGAUUGUGAAACCAGGCCAUGCCCUCGUCCCACCUAGACCCGAUGUUUUCUUCAUGGCCUACAACUUUGACAGGGACUCUUCGGAUGAUGAGUAGCUCAUUACAUCUGCCACCCCCACCCCCACAUUGGUUUAUUCAUAUGUACUCCAGGCGUAUACCUAUUAAAAACAGUAAACCCUGUGCUGUAGCAGUCUGAAUCCAAGUUGUUCAUUUCAAGCGCUUUUCUUGUGUUUUCAGGGAAUAAAUAAUAAGCUGGGUUCUUGUUUUUGCAGCAGCGCCUGCUUUGUUUUUUUUGUUUUUUGGUGUUUUCACAAAAGAUUUAGAGCUCCUUAAAGUUGUUUUUGUUGCAGUUGUACUGGCUUCUCAAUCUACAAUGUUUUAAGUAUAUUUUGCCAGAUUGAAGGUGGAGUUUUAUUAAUUUAAACAAAGAAGGUCAUCAAAGUUUACACUCGGGUCCUCCAGCUUUUGACUGAUUAAAUCGCAUCAAUUUCUCUGAAACUGAAUUUUUGGAUCAGCUAUAUCGACCGGCUUACUAACCCCCCCCCAUAAGUCAGUUUUUUGGUUUUUAACUUCACAGCCCCAGAUAAUUGGUACUUCUUAGCUGCAUUCUUAAUCAAUCUAGAAUAGAAGUGGAGUGAAAAGAUGAAUGCUAUGGCAUGUGUCUGACGUAGAUGGUUUACUUUCACGUUAAACUUGUGUUCUGGUACUUUUGCUAAGGAAAAAUUAAUAAUCCACAGUGCUUUGCUUCUUUCUACCAUGUGUAUCUGACAGUGGUGUAGAGCUUUGUUUUGAAAUACUGAAUAAGAAAAAUGUUUUGAAGUUAUUGAAUGUUAUUCUUUUCCACAGACUUGGCAUUCCUCAUCUAUUUUAUUUUUGUUCAGUAGUAUUGCUUUCACUUGCAUAGUGGUACCUGUUGUGCAUCUGUGAUAAUAAACAAUCCAAAUGAU